AAGAGACCGAGCGGAUAGGAGCAAGGCGAAGGAGCCUCGCGGUCCUAGAGCUUCGUUUCUCCCCUAUAAGCCUCCCCCUUCUGCCCUGCCUGGAGCUAGCUGCCUGGGAGAUGACUGCCAAGUUCACUGUCCGGGGUCCCUUUGUGUAGCCCGGCUCGCGGACCCCGGCUCUCGCGCCCUUGCACGAGCCCGGCUGCCCCCGCAUCGCUUGCCCGCAGGAGCUCCCUCGAGCGCUCCGUGGCCCCCCGCCCUCCUGCGAGUCCUUACCUAGUGGAAUGAUACACAGACCAAGUUUUCUGAGACAGGAAGUGAGGAAUGUUUUCACUAUGACUGAGUUGGAGGGGAACCUGGUAUGUCCUUCCCGACCCACGGGACGUAGUGAGACCCUUGUGAAGGAGGACCGGUGAGAGAUGUCUUCCAGGGGAAGAAGCCGAACUGUUUGUGUUUUGUAGCUGAGGAUGCGUGACCUCAGAACCUCUUCAGCUGGAUCAUUGCAACAGGUAAAUAAUACUUUGGUGGAUGAUCCCUUCACCUGGACCUUGGAGAGUCAGAUGUUUUUUAAUGGCUGCAGACGCUGCUGGGUGAGCAGCCUGAGACUUUACAACUCACAACUCCUCAGGAGACCCAACAUUCUCUCUGCAUUACCUUCCACUGGGUCAGUGGUGUUGCCUUUUCCUCACUGUCCCCUUACAAUAGAAGGGGAGAUAAGAUGCCACUUCCGUUUGGGUUGAAACUGAAACGUACUCGUCGAUACACAGUGUCCAGCAAGAGCUGUUUGGUUGCCCGAAUCCAACUGCUAGACAAUGAGUUUGUGGAGUUCACACUUUCUGUGGAGAGCACUGGUCAGGAAAGCCUGGAAGCUGUAGCCCAAAGACUAGAGCUUCGUGAGAUUACUUACUUCAGCCUGUGGUAUUACAACAAGCAAAAUCAGCGCCGGUGGGUAGAUUUGGACAAGCCUUUGAAAAAGCAGUUAGACAAGUAUGCAUUGGAACCUACUGUCUAUUUUGGGGUGGUCUUUUAUGUGCCCGUAGUUUCCCAGCUUCAGCAGGAAAUUACCAGGUAUCAGUAUUAUCUGCAACUGAAGAAAGAUAUAUUGGAAGGAAAUAUUCCUUGCACAUUAGAACAGGCAAUUCAGCUUGCAGGUUUAGCUGUACAAGCUGAUUUUGGUGACUUUGAUCAGUAUGAAUCCCAGGACUUUCUACAAAGAUUUGCCUUGUUUCCUGUGGGAUGGUUACAGGAUGAAAAAGUAUUGGAAGAAGCAACGCAAAAAGUGGCCUUACUGCACCAGAAAUACAGAGGGCUUACCCCACCUGAUGCUGAAAUGCUAUAUAUGCAAGAGGUAGAGAGGAUGGAUGGUUAUGGGGAAGAGAGCUAUCCUGCUAAGGAUAGCCAGGGAAGUGAUAUCUGUAUUGGAGCCUGUCUCGAUGGCAUCUUUGUGAAACACAAAAAUGGAAGGCCUCCUGUUAUAUUUCGGUGGCAUGACAUUGCUAAUAUGUCACACAAUAAGUCCUUUUUUGCAUUAGAACUGGCAAAUAAAGAGGAGACCAUCCAAUUUCAAACUGAAGACAUGGAAACUGCAAAAUAUGUAUGGAGGCUGUGUGUUGCCAGACACAAGUUUUACAGACUAAACAAAUGCAACCUGCAAACUCAGACUCUUACAGUGAAUCCUGUUAGGAGGAGGUCUUCAUCAAGGAUGUCUCUGCCUAAGCCACAGCCAUAUGUAAUGCCUGCACCACCUCAGUUACACUACAAUGGACAUUAUACAGAACCAUAUACUUCUUCCCAAGAUAACCUCUUUGUGAGCAACCAGAAUGGAUAUUAUUGCCAUUCUCAGACAAGUCUAGAUAGAGCGCUUGACUACAAUGGAAGAAUCCGUAAUGGGAGUGUCUACAGUGCCCACAGCACGAACUCUUUAAAUAACCCACAGCCCUUCUUGCAACCCUCACCAAUGUCCUCUAACCCAAGCAUUACUGGAAGUGAUGUUAUGAGACCUGACUAUGUUCCAUCCCAUAGACAUAGUGCUCUGAUACCACCAUCCUAUCGCCCCACCCCAGAUUAUGAAACGGUGAUGAGGCAGCUUAACAGAGGAGUGAGCCAUGCUGACAGGCAGAGCCACUCACUGAGAAAUCUCAAUAUUGGCAAUUCUUAUGCUUACAGUAGGCCCGAUGCUUUGGUCUACAGUCAGCCUGAAAUCAGAGAACGUGCUCAGUUUACCUCUCCACAGUCAGUGCAUUAUCCAUUCAAUCUAAAUUACAGCUUUCAUAGCCAGUCUCCUUACCCCUACCCUGCUGAGAGGCGACCUGUUGUUGGAGCCGUAAGCGUGCCAGAGUUGACUAACGUACAGCUUCAGGCUCAGGAUUAUCCAGCUCCCAACAUCAUGAAAACACAGGUUUAUCGACCACCCCCACCUUAUCCAUAUCCACGACCUGCUAAUAGCACUCCAGACUUAUCCCGACAUCUAUACAUCAGCAGUAGCAACCCAGAUCUCAUCACGAGGCGAGUCCACCAUUCAGUGCAGACGUUCCAAGAAGACAGUCUCCCAGUUGCCCAUUCUCUGCAGGAGGUCAGUGAACCCUUGACUUCAGCCCGACAUGCUCAGUUACAGAAGAGGAACAGCAUUGAGAUAGCUGGAUUGACCCAUAGUUUUGAAGGAAUAAGACUUAAAGAGAGAACUAUGUCUGCCUCUGCAGCUGAUGUGGCAGUGCCCCGGGUCAUAGCGGCUAGCUCUCAGCCGAAUGUUUUCAUAGAAAGGACAAAACAAGAAGAAAACGAAGAGCAGGAAAAUGUGAGGUACGGUCAUAAGAAAUCUCUUUCAGAUGCCACCAUGCUGAUUCAUAGCAGUGAAGAAGAAGAAGAAGAAGAAGAAGAAGAAGAUUUUGAUGAAGAAAGUAAAGUACUCUCUCCACAUCCUGAUGAGACCGCACAGCGUUCCUCUGGGAUAGGUGGCUACUCUAAAGAGUCUUUGCUUGGUUACCCAUAUGGUUCUGUUAGCAGUGGGCCCAACCCUUUGCAUAUUCUUGAGCCAAAGUCACAUAUCCUAGAGACUGAGAAGCCAGUAAGAGCCAUCAGUCCAGUCCAUGUGAUAGUUGAAGCCCAGAUACCUAGAAGAGAAGGCUUAUUGACUCCAUCGAUGUCAGAGUCUGACCUCACAACAUCAGGACGCUAUAGAGUGAAAAGGGAUUCUCUUAAAAAGAGGCCUGUGUUGGACAUUCUUUCAGGAAAGAAGAAUGUUGUUGAGGGUCUUCCUCCAUUAGGGGGAAUGAAAAAGAAUCGAGCAGAUGCAAAAAAAUGUGGUCCUCUUAAACUGGCUGCUUUAAAUGGAUUAUCCUUAUCUAGAAUGCCCUUGCCUGAUGAAGGAAAGGAAAUGCCUACCAGAGCAACCAAUGAUGAGAGGUGUAAAAUUCUGGAACAGCGGUUAGAACAGGGAAUGGUAUUCACAGAAUAUGAACGCAUACUGAAAAAGCGGCGGAUAGAUGGGGAAUGUGCAAUAGCACGACUCCCUGACAAUGCAGAGAGAAACAGAUUCCAAGAUGUGCUCCCCUAUGAUGAUACCAGAGUAGAAUUGGUCCCAACCAAAGAAAACAAUACUGGUUAUAUCAAUGCAUCACAUAUUAAGGUCUCUGUUGGUGGCAUCGAAUGGGAUUAUAUUGCCACCCAAGGACCUUUGCAAAAUACAUGUCAGGAUUUUUGGCAGAUGGUAUGGGAACAAGGGAUUGCUAUCAUAGCAAUGGCAACAGCAGAAGAAGAGGGUGGACGAGAGAAGAGCUUUAGGUAUUGGCCCCGGCUUGGUUCAAGGCACAACACUGUGACAUAUGGAAGAUUUAAGAUCACAACACGAUUCCGCACUGACUCUGGGUGCUAUGCCACAACUGGCUUGAAGAUUAAACAUCUUCUCACUGGGCAAGAAAGAACAAUUUGGCAUCUUCAGUAUACUGAUUGGCCUGAGCAUGGUUGUCCAGAGGAUUUAAAGGGAUUUUUGUCCUACCUGGAGGAGAUCCAGUCGGUGCGUCGCCAUACGAACAGCACAGCGGAACCUCAAGGCCCCAAUGCUCCUCUGCUGGUCCAUUGCAGUGCCGGUGUAGGAAGAACUGGAGUGGUCAUUUUGUCAGAGAUCAUGAUCGCCUGUUUGGAGCACAAUGAGAUGCUGGACAUCCCACGAGUACUGGACAUGCUGAGGCAGCAAAGAAUGAUGAUGGUGCAAACGCUCUGUCAGUACACUUUUGUUUAUGGAGUUCUUAUCCAGUUCCUGAGAAACUCAAGGCUUAUAUAACCUCCACCUGUUUCUCCUGGGACCCAAUUACCUAUAAAGAGUUUACAAGGAAAAAAAAAGUGGGUUUAUCAAGGCGAACCCAUUUGUUCUUGGGCUUCCAACCCUCCUCCCCCACUCUUCUUACACAAGGUGUAGGGUGCUGAUGUCAGCUUAUGGUGGUGCAUUGCAUGAAGCCUUGGAAGUCACAAGGUGAAAGAGGUGGAUUUCUGCUCGGGGGGAAGUGCUAGAGAAUUGGGGACAUAGUUGGAGUAACUAAGGUCAGCUUCUGUCUGUGCUGAUUUGCGGUACUUGCACACAUUCUUGAAGUUGUGUUUUCUAGCUAAAAUAAUUCUCUGCCUUACUGAAACUAUGCUGGGAAGUUCUGGCAAUCGUAAAGGCAGUGUAUAGAUUUCUAUUUCAGAACUGCUUUUUGAUAAGAGAAUUUUAUUUUGUGACUAAAGUAUAUAGAGGUUUCCUUACUAAGAAGCCCGGCUUUCCAUGGGACUUGUCCACAAUUACAACUGGUUUCUGGACACAUCAAGUUUAUAUAUAUUUUUUUAAGUGUUACUAUCUUUUCUGUUUAUAAUUUUCUUUUUGUUUUUUAUUCUUGGUAACCUAGGGUUUAACUAUCAAACUAUAAACUACAAAAAGACAUUUAAAUGGUCUCAUUUAGUAGAUAGGAAGCUUCUUUGAAUUUAGAAAAUUAAUUUUUAAAUUUUCCAAGUUACAAUUUAAAAUGAAACGAUUCUUAAAUUAUUUUCAGGGUUUAUUAAAGGAAAAGUUGGGAACGGUCAUUUCAUAUGUUUUAAGUAACAGAGUCAACAGCAUUUGAUAUAUUUUCAGUAUUAUUCAUAACUUUACAUGACCCUUUGAUUUUACUGGUUGAAAUUUUAGUAGAUGAAUAAGAUGGUUUUAAAGCACUUUUAAAAAAACUGAAAAAUCAAUACAUUUCAAUUUCUAUUGUUUUAUGAGUUGAAAUAUUAACAACAGUAAUGAGGAUGAUGUUUCGAAAGAAAUGUUUUGUAGUUUGAAUGUAAAGAAAUAAGGAUUUUGAGUAUGUAGUAUAAGUAAGAUGUGAGGAAGUGCAACGUGGUUGUGAGCGUGGGAAAUUUUUAUUAUGUUGUUACAAAGAUAAGAUACAGUAUUACUAAUUUUGUUCUCCUAUAUUUACAUCACUCCUGAGAGUAUUGGGGGUGAGGGGAAAUGGCUGAAAGAUUGACAGGAGGCAGGGUCUUCCCUAGGGGGAUUAAGGUCAUAGGAUAAAUCAUAUCAUGUUCCUUGUUUCCCCUUCCUACCCAGCAUUUAUACAUUUAUAGAUGAAAUCGUUACGUUAUGUUCAUCAGGAGCAGUCACAAAAGGGCAACUUGGGGGAUGAGUGAAAUUGCAUAAGGGGAAAAGGUGGUUCCAUGCUUUAUGUUAAUGCUAGAGGGAGGAUUAUGGGUUAGUUGUGUAUAUAUGAAACUCCACAUCUUUUUUUUUUUAUAUACUCAUUGCUAUAUCCUUCUCCCAACUUCCAUUUCAAAGUUGUCUCCCUAUGGCACCAACAUCCUAUCAGUUCUCUUCUAAGGCCAUCGCCGUGCUUUGGCCAUUAGUGAGUGGCUUUGAACUCCAAGGUAAAUCAGAGAUGCAGCUUAAUUAAUCACUAAUCAGUAAGUGUGUGUCGUUGUCAACCAUGGUAGAGGAUUUACUUGAGGCAGUUUCAUAUUUGCCAGUCUAAAUUUGACUUACAGGAGACCACUUAAGUAGUGAACGCAAAAUUUAGAAUCAAAACAAUUUGGAAGUAGGAACACAGUAUUGAUUUCAACAUCAGUUUUUUAAAAAUUCUGUCUAAAGCACAACAGACCCAAUGAUUAUGUUCAGUGAUAGCUAGUUGCUUGAAAGAAUGGAAUUAUAAUAAUAUUAAUAAUGGCUAACCUUUAAUGGCUGUAAGACACUUCACAUAUUGUCUCUCAUGGCAAUCUUACCUUUCUCUACAUAUGUUUGAAUUGUUGUGUUGAGUAGUUUAUUUGUACAACUUUUUCAGUGAUGGUGCUAUCUUCCCUACUACCUUUCUCCUUCCAAUUGGAAUCAGAAUUAAACCUUUUUGGAAUGAGUGUCCUAUUGAUAAGAAGAUAUUACACUAUGAAAACUGAAUUAAAGGCUAAUGCAUGAUAUGUUUUUUUCUUAUUUUAAUAAAUUGAUUACUAAUGGAUAAAUUAAGAAACUAAAGUGGCAUAUUUUAGCUUUAAUAAUUUACCUAAAAUGUUGCACUUAGAAACCAUGUAAUGCUUUUUGUGCCCUUUGAGUAUUUGGACAUUUUGUGGUAGUUGUAAAAAGAGAUUAGUGGAAAAUAACUAUACUAUGUAUUCUCCAAAUUUGUCUUUCAAACAAUAAUGUGAUUUCAUAGAGGAUAUAGCAAAAAUGCAGAAGUCUGUUACCUUGCCAUGAUGGUUAACUAGCAAUUGAUUGUAUUACAGCCUGUCAAAAUUAUACAAUGUUUAAAUUUUGGUUAUUUUAAGGUUCUAAGUAAAAGAUUUAUAGCAAGUUUAUAUCAAAUUAUAUACUUUUACAAAAAUAGGCUAAGACGCAGUAUUUAACAAUGGCCAAUUAUUGUCACUACUGACAUUGCCCCUCUUUUUUUCCUGAUUAGGGGUACUUUUGAAGAAAUAUUCUAGAGCAUAGUUUUAAGCAGAGAAAUGAACGUCUUAUUUUAGAGUAUCAUACAGAUAUUUAUGGAAAAAUUGAUGAUAUUCUUCUGGAACAUCUACUGUGAAGCAUGAAAGUGAGCCCUAGAAUUUAGUUCUAAGUUCUUAGAAUGUUUUGAUAGGAAUAAAUAAGGAAAUCUGCUAGUACAAACUUCCAGAAAGCAAAGAACACAUUGAGCAGUACCCUUCUCAUCCCUGCUAACUGAUAGGGCAAUGGGACUUAGAGAUUUCUUUUUAUUUGAGUUUAAAAAUGGCCAAGUUUUCUUUCAGACUUUUGUAAGUAUAACUCAUAGGUUGAAGUGGGUUUAGUGUUUAUACCUUUAAGAAAAUUUAUAUGAAGAUGUAUUUUGAUUAAUUUAUUAAAAGCAGGCUUCAUUUGGGACAAUUUGCAACAAAGAAUGGAGCUCAGUUAUUUUCUUUUGCACAAAUCUUUUUUUAAAGCUUAAUUUAGGGAAAGAUGUUUAUUGGAAAUAUAAAUUAGUUUGAGGAUUUAAUAUAAAUUAAAAAUUGAAAAUGAUUUUUGAUAUAAAAACUUUAAAAAGAUCAAGUUACAAGGAGUAAUUUGGAGGGAAAAAAGUUAGAUGAGAAAUGAUAGUUUAGAUUGCAAUGGGUAUUCAUUAAGGCAUAUAGCUUUCAUUAACUAUUAUAGGAAUAUUAGGAAGGUUAGACAUUUCUAGAUUUAAAAAAAAUAUGUAUAGUGAUUUCAAAAAUUCAGUUGAAGGGAUUUCCAUUGCUGAUAAGAUUAAAUUAAAGUGCUGGAAAAUUUUAGAAGUGUAGUGUAUUGUGUACAUAAGCAAAUGUUUAAGAUGAUGGCUUAUUCUUCAAGACAAUUAAAAUAAUGUUCAAUUCUUAAAAGUCCAGAGAAACUUCUUAAAGUAUUUUAUAACUUUGGCGGGCUGUUAGGUGUUCUGCUACUUAAUAAGAAAGAAAUAAUGACCUUAGUUGCUUUUUUUUUUUCCGGCAGUGUGGGUUAAGUGACUUGCCUAGGGUCAC